CGGUGGCUCGUGGCUGCUGGCGCUGGCCCCUCCCCACUCCGGCCCCGCGCCACGCGAGGUUACGAGCGGUGCUGCUCCUCAGUGCCUGCGCCGCAGCCGCGGGACACGUGAGUGAGUAACCGAGCGUGAGCGGCGCGUUGUUGUGGUUCGGGACGCUAUUGGCCCUCCGCGUUCUGCGAAUAGUUGUUCGAAUAUAUUGGCGAAGCCAACGCAGAGUAGCUGAGCACUAUCAGUCCGUGUUAUCAGUGUUUCCGGUGAGUCGCUGGAUAAGAAGCGACCUACCUCCUGGUGCCCCGAGUGAUACCGGCGAGCGUCAGAGUGUCGAGCCACUGUUACAAUAAGCCCCAGGAUGACUUCCGUUGCAGCGAUGCCGGUGUCAGAGCUUCAUCGCAGAGCGACUCUGCCGAUUCCCCGGCUGGGUCCCACGGGACGGUUGGCUAGAGCUCGCGGUAUCCCCAGCUCUACGGCCACAUCGCCGCCGCCGCCAUGCUCCGCCGCCGCCCCCUGGGGGCCGUGGCUAGGGAUGGGGCCGGGGGCGGUGCGCGGUGCGCAGGCGUGCCCGCCCAGGGCCCCCGCUGCCCCCGCCGGGCCCCCGGCCCCGCCGGCAGCGGGCCCCCCGCUAAGCUCGCCGCCACGGCCGCCGCGCGAGCGACUGCGCCUGGCGCUGUCGAGGAGCCUGAGCGAGCCGGGCCCGGUGUCCGCCACCCUCGCCCGCAUCUCCCCGACGACGCCUGACCCGCCCGCCUUCAAGCGCUGCAAGCUGGAGGCCGAGGGCGAUGCUUCUCCAGCGGCCCCGGCCGCGGGGUGUGCGCUGGCCUCCAACGGCCUGCUGCGCCGCGUGCGCGCCCUGGACUCCGACGGGCUGGUGCGCGCGCUGGACCAGUGCGUCCUCCUGGACUGCCGCGCCUUCCUUGCCUACAACACUUCGCAUAUCCGCGGCGCGCUCAACGUCAACUGUGCCGACAGGCUGAACAGGCGGCGGCUGCUGCAGGGCCGCACCUCCAUCGCGGACCUAGCCGCGGGCGGUUGUCCGGCUGCCCCCCAGGGUGGUGUUCUGUCCCCGGCGCGGCAGGUCGUCGUCUAUGACGACAGCUCCGCGCUGCUGGAUCGACUACCACCUCACCACCCUCUCGUGCUCGUGCUCACCGCUCUCGUCAAGGACGACAAAGAUCCCGCCUUCUUAGUAGGCGGCCACAGGGAGUUCCACCGGCGGCACCGCGAGCUCUGCGAGGACGCCCUGCUGCCCGGGUCUCUGCCGGGGUCGCCGCCUGGCUCGCGACCCGACUCGCCGCCCGCGCCCCUGGACGUGGACGCGGCGCCGCCCUCGCGCCUCCUGCCGCACCUGUACCUGGGCAACGCCCGCGACGCCUCGCUGCGGUCGCUGCGCUUGCUCGGCGCCGACUGGGUGCUGAGCGUCACCUCUGCGCCGCCCGGCGUACCCGAUGAGGCCUACCGCGCCGCCGGGGUGCGGCACCGCGCCCUGCCCGCCCGGGACUGCUGGCAGCAGUCCCUGCGCGACCACUUCCAGGACGCCUUCAACUUCAUCGAGGAGGCCCGGAGCCGUGGAGGAGUGGUGCUACUGCACUGUCAGGCCGGCGUCUCGCGGUCGGCCGCCGUCGCCAUCGCCUACCUGAUGCGCGCCCGCGGGCUGAGCAUGGCCGAGGCCUACAAGGAGGUGAAGGCGGUGCGGCCGAUCAUCUCGCCCAACCUCAACUUCAUGGGCCAGCUGUUGGAGCUGGAGCAGAGCCUGCGCCUGGAGCCCAGCCCCGCGUCCAGCCCGGCGUCCAGCCUGGACAGCCUGAGCCCUGCCCCCAGCCCGCCCCCGCACCCCCUCCCGCUGCCCUUCGACGGCCACCCUGCACCGCGGCCCGCACCCAGUGAGCAGUCGGUAGCGGUGGCGCCGUCUUUGCCAUCGACGGCUCUCUCAUCGGCACCGUCGUCCACAUGACCCACGCCCCCGGGCCCUACUGGGAGGGUCGAGCUUGUCUGUGAUACCGGGCCGCGGGCGGUGCUCGUGCAGCUGCUCAUGCUGACCCUGCUGCUGCUGACUCUGCCCGUCAGGCUGUGCCGACGCCGUCGCACCCGCCGCCCCUGGGGCCGUUCCUGGGGCUGGGGGCACCGUUGGGGGCGGGCCCUGGGGGCCCUGGGGGCGAGGCCUGUGGGCGUCGGGGACGCCCUGGUGUAGCGUAGGCCCGCGGCCCCGACCGCUAUUUAUUACAUUUUUGUUGUAAUUAUAGUAACUGCUAUAGUAUUAUCGUUGUCGCAUGUGCGUGGGGGCGCUCGGCUCCGCACCGCCAUCCGUCAGUGCCAUUGAGUGUUAACUUAUUGCUGGGACAACAUUGUCCUAUCUUUAUUGUGUAUAAACCUUAAGUGAGAUACCGCGAGACAAGGUUUUUACUUGAUUUUGUCCUUAAUAUCAAUAUCAUAAAUUUUGUUCUGUCAGCAACAACAACAACAACAACAAAAAAUGAAGAGAAAUGGAAAGAAUGACCAUAAGUCUCCGAACAAGGAAUGGUACUGAAUCUAUAGAAUGCAAAAAUGUUACCAACUGUAGAAAUUUUGGCACCUCUAAUAGGUAGCUUGUAAAUAUUUUUUUUGUCUUUGCCACUAUACCCGGUCUUCCAGUGUUAAUCAUAUCAUGCCAUUUUGUUCCUACUAAAUUAGCAUUGCAUCUUGUUCCCUUUAGAUUUUGUAGUUUAUGGAGUUUUUUUGGUUUCAAUGUAAAAAUAGUGUGUUAUUUUAUAAACAUUUGUUUGAAUUGAAAGACAUUGAAAGCAGUAUUUAACUACUAUGCCUGCACCUAUUGUAAUGUGUUGUUUUCUGUAGUAUUUUUAAAUAUUGGCACGGUUGAUUAUCGGACCAGUGUCACUGGAAGAUCCUUCUUAGGCAAGGAAAUUGAAUCUAGUCGUCAAAGUUGGGAAUGUGGCUGUGUCAAGGUGGGCGGGAACAUAUCAAAGCACCCAUACCUUGUCCUCACGCAUUGUCCCUUUACAUGUUAGUUUGUUUGAUAUUUCGAAAACUGAACUACAUCAAUUUAAAUGAUAUUUCACAUUCCAAUUAAAAGGAAAUUGAAAAGUGAAACGUUAAUAACCCAUGUACUUAGAGGUGAUAAAUUAUUUAUUCAAUUUGUUAUUAAAAGGUAGAAUAGGAUAAACUGUGUUUUAACAUUUUAAUCCUGUGUGAGCUGUCAAUAAUUUUUCCUGGUUCUAUAUGUUUUCACAAAGCACUUGUGACACAACUAAUCAUCCUUUGGAGCCAUGGAGCUUGUUUGCUCAUAUCUUGUUCUACCCUUUAUCCUGCAGUUCUGUUAGUUGAUGGGCAGGUGUUCCCGCACCAUCACAUAGCAUGAUCAUUGAAAUUGUCUUGGAGGUUAAAUUGUUCUACAAGUGUGGUGUUUGCUACAAAUGUUUGGAUGUGGGUCGAGUGAUGUUGUGUGUGCCGUGUCCAAACAUAACUACUAAUGUGAAAAAAUAUAUUGAUUUAAUAUAAA